AUGGAUGAUAGCCAUAUCCUUGGUGAGGACCUGCCCCUCCCACCGGCGCGGCUCUUUCAAAGACUCGCUCAACUGCCCGGAUAUACCUGGGACCAAUCGUUUGAACCUUUCCAUUCAACAUAUAACCACUGGCAUGUCUUUGGUCUCCGACAUGCUGCGGACCCCGACGUCUCCACCCCGCUCGCGACCUCGUCCGGACCUUCGAGUAUAUCGCGUACCUCCCCACGGACAGAGUCUCGGCCGCCUUUCCGCCACCACUGGAGAAGUAGCUUGAGCGAAUCUAGUAGCGAGUUAUCGUUAUCCCGUCUCGAGCAUGAAUUUGUAUGGAUCCCGGUGGUGGCUAGGGUGUCGUCGCAUGUCGUGAGAUUGGAGCGCGAGUACCAUAUGAUGAGGUCAAUUGUACAAACUUCGGAUCCAGAGUGCAGUCAUACUAUGCGGCCGCUAGAUCUCAUCCGUCUGCCCUCGGACCCUGGCGAUGCAGGUCCGCUUCUGGUAGCCAUCUUCGAGUCCCCGGGAUUGAAUAUGUUACAGGGGCUGGUUGCAUUUGGGCCGGCAUGGUUUGCGAUUGGCGGCAGAAGUGAGAGCGUGGAGCCAAGCCCUGGGGAGCAGGUUUCUCUAUCCGUGUUUCUCGACUUCUCAAUAGGCGCAUGCGACUGCCUGGAGCUCCUCCACUACGGAUUGAAAACAGUCCAUGGCGAGAUCCGCCCAGACGCCUUCCACUUCAACCGAGAAACCAGGUCUGUGAAACUGAUGAACACUGGAAAUGGCGCCAAGGCUUUCGACAAUGUACUCAGCGAGGGCUGGCUGACAAUAUCGAGGGAACUCGGGGUGAAGAACAAACUACAGUUUAUUGCACCAGAACAAACGGGACGAAUGCCGACAGAGCCUGAUAGUCGAACUGAUAUCUACGCCCUCGGAGUGCUUUUCUGGACUAUGCUAGUCGGCAAACCAGCGUUUACCGGUACUGAUCCAGUCGAAGUUGUGCAGAAUGUUCUGGGCAAAAAACUGCCGCCGGUCUCGGCCAAGAGGAUGGAUAUUCCGGACGCGGUCUCUGCAGUGAUCCAGAAAAUGACCCAUAAAGCAGUCAACGAGCGGUACCACACUAUAUCCUCCGUUAAAAGAGAUCUAGCGCAGAUAUCUCGGUUGCUUGGUGACGGCGAUAGCGAGGCAUUGAAAGACUUUCAAGUUGCACAGCGUGAUGUCUCGUCCUUCUUCACCCUCCCAUCGAAAAUGUUCGGACGGCAGGGGGAGUAUGAUAAGGUAUUAAGUGUGAUUGAAAAGGUGUCAAGGCGUCAACAAUCUUCCUAUUCAAAAGCCGCUACUCAAUUUUCAAGCCGGCUUGGGUCAAAUUCUUCCCUGUCGGAAGGGCGCGUUGAUAGCUUUGAUCUUGCCUCAGUCUCGAGUGACUCUGGCUCGUUUCAACUGAACCCCAGAACCAGCACCAACGGCACUGCUUAUAACCUCGGACGUGCCUCCACCCACGAGUCCUUCCAUAGUACAGAGUCAUCACUCUCUACGCCGAAGCCAAUUACCAACAAACCCAAGAGCCCCGUGGAUCCACGUCUAACUUGGGACAAUACGGAUCAGGAUACCCAUUCUUCAGGUGUCCCGAGCUUACAGGGGCACGAAAGUCCGCUUGUUCCGCUCAGCAGGCAUAAGGCAGCAGCAAAAUUCCGCCGACAAGGCAAGUGUGAGGUUAUCACAAUCAGUGGUGCUGCGGGUAUUGGGAAAACUGAUUUGCUGAACCGCAUUCAACCAGCUAUACGUAAACUAGGUUAUAUCGGUGUGGCCCGGCUGGACCGGGCAAGAAGGGUACCUUUUGAGCCUUUUGCGAAGGUUCUUGCCAGUUUACUUCGUCAGAUUUUUUCCGAACGAGAUGUGACAACGGAAUACCACAACACAGUCCGCUGUGCUUUGAGGCCCAUGUGGUCAACUUUACAUCGAGUCUUGGAGCUCCCAGAGCAACUCAUGUCACCAGGGACCAAUGAGAAACAGGUGUCUCCCAAGUGUACGGCUGCCCAGUUCAUCCUUAAAGAUAUGACGAGAGGUGAAUCGUCGAAGCGGGCGCCUCUUCCACGUAUUGAUCAAGGACAGACGACUGUGGACUUCUUCCUCACCAAUGCGGCGUCAAAGAACAUGCGGCUGAUGGAAACGUUCCUGGAGAUUCUCAAGACACUUUCUCAGUUCAGGAUGAUUUGCGUCUGCAUCGAUGAUCUACACUACGCCGACGACGAGACCAUGGAGUUGAUAACAAACAUCGUUAGAAUGAAGAUUCCAUGUGUUCUUAUGCUCACGAGUCGGAAGUCGGAGCUCGAGUCCGACGCGAUAAAAUCACUCUUUGAGAAUGACAAUCCCACGGUGACAAGGAUAGUCUUGAAGCCACUCUCGGAAGAAGAAGUGAUGGAAAUCGUGGCAGCCACUAUGCACCAACCUCCGAACCCAACGUUGACACCUCUCGCAGCCGUCAUCCAGGAAAAGAGCGUCGGAAACCCUUUCUACGUGCGAAUGAUGCUCGAAACCUGCUAUAGUACGAAUUGUAUCUGGUACUCUUGGAAAAACUCUAUGUGGGAGUUUGACCUUGACCGGAUCUUCACUGAGUUUGUGGCACCCCGAUACGGCGAAGGGCUGGGAAUAGGGUUUAUUACCAGACGCUUACAGGACCUUCCGCCGGCGGCGCGCUCAAUUCUUGUAUGGGGCGCCUUGUUGGGAAGUCCGUUCUCGUUUUCUUUGGUACAAAAGCUCCUCACGAGCGAGUUUUUGUACUCUAGCGAGGAUGAUGAGGCGGUGGAUCUCACGUGUCCCCAGAAUGCGAAUCUCUUCAGACAAUCCGAAGCCGAUAUGGUUGUUGGGUUACAGUUUGCCGUGCAAGCGAAUUUUGUCAUCCCUGGGAGCUCUGAUGAUGAAUUUAGGUUUGCCAAUGAUCGGCUCGCACAAGCCGCCUCCUCAUUGACCGAGGGGCGUAACAUCGAAAAGAUGCAUUUCAUCAUAUCCCAAGCGAUGAGGAAGUAUUACCACGAUGGUCGUAGCCGUUAUGCCAUGGCAAGACAUGUCGCCCUAGCCUCACGAAUUAUCAAAUCUCGUGCCAUUGAGAGGCUUGAUUACCGAAAGAUCCUAUGGGAUGCGGCGCAGAUCGCUGCGCAAUCAGGGGCACGCCCGACCGCACUUUGGUACUACCGCCACUGUGUUGCCCUUCUGCAAGAUAAUCCCUGGGAUGACAAUGGGAUCGAUGUUUAUUAUGAUGAAACCUUACGCCUCCAUAUCGCUACCGCUGAGAUGGCUUGGUCCCAAGGAUUCAACACAGAAGCCCUCGAUUUGCUACACAAAGUCUUUCACCAUGGGAAAACGGCUGUCUGUAAAUCGAGAGCAUGGAUUAUAAAGGCCAAGAUAUACGCCCAGCUGGGUGACCAUCCCCGUUCCAUGAACUCUUUACUUACGUGUCUGGAGGAGCUUGGCGUGCAUCUUCGAGAACCGACAACUUACGAAAAGUGUGACGCUGCCUAUAAUGUGCUCAAGGGCCAUCUCGAACGAAUGGAUCUAAAUGCGUUGGCUCGUAAGUCCGUCAGCAAGGACAUCAAUACCAUCACGAUCGGAACAGUGUUAGCGGAAGCAAUGUCGGUUACCUUCUGGGAUGACGGGCUCACAUUUUAUCGGACGGCUAUUGAGAUGAUGAACCAUCACCUUUUCCGAGGUGGAUUCGUUCAGAUAUGUAUCGGCUGUUCUCACCUCGCCAUGAUCGCCUUCAGCAGGUUUCGGGAUCUUGAUCUCGGUGUAAAGCUCAGCGAACUAGCGCUAACGUUACUCGACCGGUGUCCUGAGUUGUGGACCCGCAGUCGUGGGUCUAUCGUCUACAACUUCUAUGUCGGCCAUUUGCGAGGACCCCUUGCAUCUACACUGCCAGCCCUUGAAGCUUCCGUUGAGACGUCACUCACCUUGGGCGAUCCGUACAUAACUUUGAUUACCAUAUCAGCAAUGGCCAUGACUAGGCUAUUUCUCGGGCACGACCUGGUCCUUGUUGAAGCAUUCUGCAAUGAAGGCCCGAUGGAAAUCAACGACUGGGAGGUUGAUACUCGCGGCGGAGCUACACUUGUUACUUUGAGGCAAGUUGCACGGGCUUUACAAGGAAAAACGGAGUAUCGAGUGGCUGACACCGUGCUGAAUGACGAGAGCCAUAUAACCACCGAAUACAUUGAUUUCCUGGAAAAGAGUGCAAGCAACCCCGAUCGUCCUCGUGACAUCUAUCAUGCUCUCUCAAUGAUUCCGUUGUAUCUCUACGGACAUCAUGCCAAGGCUAUCCAGUUGGCUACAGAAAUGGGCGAGAGCAUAUCCCGGCUCUGGUCGUCCCGAGUCUCUUACGUCGUUUAUUUCUACGCAGCCCUCUCUCACUUGACGAUGCACAACGACAAUCCAACGAGGGCAUACCUUGACGGGAAACUUGAUAUAGUCCUAAAGUAUAAGGCCGAGAUUGACUUUGCACGACGCGCAUGCGAUGCCAAUUAUGCGAUGUGGUCAUUGAGCCUAGAGGCGUUGAUUUAUGAGGUUCAAGAUGACCACACUUCUGCGCUCCAGGCGUUUGAAGCCGCCAUUGAUCAUUGCCAAGUCCAUCAAUAUCCAAUGGAAGAAGCUCUAGCUCUAGAGCUUUACGGAGAAUUCUUGGUCCGCCGUGGCGCGAAGAGAGCAGCACGCUCCGUGAUGCAGGACGCUAUCACUGCAUGGGCGGCAAUUAGCGCUGUUGGCAAGGCAUCCCAACUGACCGAAAAGCACGAAUGGCUAUUGAGAACAGCCACAUCAUGCCGAAGCGUUGAUGUCGGCUGUCAAACAGUCGAUUCACUCCUUGAGAUCAACCAGGCCGUCGGGCCGGAGCAUGGUGGGGUAACCCAAACCAUGCAAGAAGAAGAUCGGAAACAUCGUUGGCUAGAGCAGAGUGGCGCUACUGCUGCGACAACAGGCGAGCGCUCACUUGAUAUAUCUGGCGUCGGACUAGACAUCAUCGAUCUCUCAAGUAUACUAGAAUCUAGUCAAGUUAUGUCCUCUGAGCUACAGAUUGACAAACUUAUGACAAAGAUGAUUGAGAUUGUCUUAGAGUCGUGUAACGGGUCUGACUUUGCAGUCAUUGCGACCAACUUUGACAAUCACUUUACCAUUACCGCCGCGGGAGAUCUUGAGAGAGGACAAAGGUCGUUUGUUGAUGGCCUACCAUUUUCUGAAAUGGAAGAUAAGAUGGCUCAGCAGAUCACUCACUAUGUCAUGCGGACCAGAGAAGAGGUGCUCGUCCAUAGUGUACUCGAGGAUGAGCGUUUCUCCAACGUCAGCGAGGCCUACCAUACUCGGAAUCCAUUGAGUCGAUCUGUGAUUGCAUUGCCUAUCAUGCAAGGAGAGCACCUCCAUGGUGUCAUUCAGGUUGAGGGAAAGCCAAACUCAUUUACACAGCGGAAUCUCGUGGUGCUCCACCUGCUGUGCAACCAAAUCGGGAUCUCGUUAUCCAACGCGCUGCUUUUCCGCGAAAUCCGCAAAGUUGGCGCUACAAAUGCCUCAAUGGUUGAAACUCAAAAACGAGCGCUCUCCCAGGCUCGGGAGGCAGAGCAAAAGGCCAAGGUUGCAGAAGCGGAAGCAAAGCACAAUGUGAAGCUAAAAGAGGAUGCUGCAAAGGCAAAGUCCAUCUUCCUUGCCAAUAUCUCUCACGAUUUGAGGACCCCGAUGAAUGGUGUCAUUGGCCUUUCCGAGUUGCUCAAGGGAACAAAACUGGAUCGGGAGCAGGAUGAAUACGUGGAAUCGAUCCGUGUCUGUGCUGAUACGCUCCUUACUCUCAUCAACGACAUCCUCGACUUCUCGAAACUCGAGGCGGGCAAGAUGAAGAUUUCUACUGUACCCCUGAACAUCAGAGAGACAAUCUCAGAAGUCGUCCGAGCUCUGCGCUACACUCACCGAGAUCGAGGACUCGAAACAAUCGAGGAUCUUGACGAUGUUCCACCAGACCUUGUUGUCCUCGGUGAUCCCGUCCGACUCCACCAGAUCUUCAUGAACCUCCUCAGCAAUAGCUACAAAUUCACGCCCAAGGGAUCCGUAACUGUUUCAGCCAAGGUCACCCGCGAGGGCAAAGGGCGCGUCCGUCUCGAAUGCUCAGUAUCUGACACAGGCAUCGGCAUUCCUGAUGAGCAAAAGCCACGACUUUUCAGGCCCUUCUCCCAAGCAGAUAGCUCAACAGCUCGAUCCUACGGCGGCAGCGGCCUUGGUCUAAGUAUCUGCAAAGCCAUCAUCGAAGACGUCCUAGGCGGCGCGAUCUGGCUCGAAUCCACCCCCGGCGCCGGCACAACCGUAACCUUCCACCUCUCCUUCAACAAAGUCAAGUCCGAAAACGGAAGCACGCCCUGGUCCAAGUCUGCAAUCACAGACAAGGCCGCGCCCCGCCCCGUCGCUCGCGAUCUCACCAUGAUCCCCCGCGACCAGAUUCGCGUCUGCAUCGCGGAAGACAACCCUAUCAACCAGAAGAUUGCCGUCCGCUUCGUCACCUCCCUUGGCCUACAGUGCGAAGCAUGCAGCGAUGGCCAGCAAGCCGUCGACGCCCUACGCGCUCGCUCAAAGGAAGGAAACCCCUUCCACGUCGUACUCAUGGACGUCCAAAUGCCCACAUUGGAUGGAUACAAUGCAACGCGGGAGAUUCGCAAAGACCCCGACCCCAACGUCAACGAGGCACUUGUCAUCGCGAUGACGGCGAGCGCAAUCGAGGGCGACCGCGAGAAAUGCCUCGAGGCCGGCAUGAACAAUUACCUGCCCAAGCCCGUACGGUCGAAUAUCCUGAGCGACAUGUUGGAUAACUAUCUCGCCCCCGUGCCAACAUUUACCAGAACGAGAAUGUCUGUGCGUGGGAGGGGGAGUAUGAGUGCCGAUUCUGGAUCCGCAGCGUCGGCCAGUAUCGCCUCGUCUGGUAGUAUCCCGUCGUCCGGCGCUGGUUCCGUUUCUACCUCGACCUCUGGCUCUGAUGGGACUGGACGUGCUCUUCCUGAGGAGCCGCCCCAUACACAGUCUAAAUGA